AUGAGCUCCAACCGCACUAACUUCAGCAUCAACGAGAUCAAUGAUGACCACAUGAUCCGCAUUGCACCCAAUUAUGAGAGUGGUAACCCCAAAGCAACUGAGACUUUUGCUUACAGAGAAGCCUUUUCUUUUUGGUUUGAGAACUUGGCCAAAAGACACUCGGACUGGAACAUGACCAACACUCAUGCAUCCCAGGCCACCAGAACUGUCAGUCCCAAAGACGUUGUAACAACUGUGUACUUCGUCUGUGGCCACCAGGGUUUGCCCAAGAAGGUCAAAUUGGUCGAAGACACUGGCAAUCAGAAAGCCAAAAGGGUUCAAACCAGAUCAAUUAAGAAUGGCUGCAAGGCCAAAAUCACUAAGAAGACCUUGCAAAAUGGUAACGUUGUUGUAGACUACUUGUGGCAGCAUGCUACCCAUCAGCCUGAGAAAGUCCAGGACAUGGUUCAUUCAAAACUACCUGCUAAGAUAAAGCAGUGGAUUGUGUCCCAUGUGGAAAAUAACAUGGAUUGA